UACUCAUCUGUCAGAAAGAAGAAAAGGGGAGCACAGAAAAACUAUAGCACAGCAGAAGCAGCGAGAAGCACAGAAGAGUCCCGAAAGAUAAAGUUUUUUUUAAUUGUGAAGAAUCAAGUGUAAUUAAAAAUACACAAGAGCCAUAUAAAAAGAGGCGACUCUGAAAUUUGCGUUGACAUUCAACUCGUCCCAAGCAAGCAUAUGUAUGCAGUUACAGCAUGGAACAGCGUAUUCUAAAGCAAGACGGCUACUUGGAUGUGGGCGACGAUAGCAGCAACGAUGCUGUUCUACCAGGCGGAACUCCACUGUUUGAAAUACGCAACAUCGUCUAUCAUCCGCAACUCAAUGUGCUACUUGCGUUUGGCGUCAAUAAUCUAGUAAAGGUUCUAGAUGUCAAUUCCGGCGUUACCCUGCAGACAUAUCAAUUGAGUACAAAUGCUGAGAGCUUUAUACUUGGACGUUAUAUGCCACUGCAAGAUAAAAUCUUAUUUUGGGAUGGUCACAAUCUUGGACUGCGUGGCGAUUACAAUGGCGUCUUGCUCUUGGACACAAUUCUUCAGUCUCCCAUUGGACAGAAUGAUGAUUACAUUAAGCUGGAGCUUAUUUUGUCCGAGGCAAUAAUAUUUCAAAACUGCAUCAAUGAACUGGAGAGUGAAGGUCUUGAAUGUCCGUGCGACAUAAGCAAUGAGUUGACACAGAAGAUUAAUCAAGCCCAGUUGAAUGCCAAAAAGGGAAUUAAGGCACAACGUUGGAACACAAUUUGCCUGGAGGUGCCCUAUUCAAGCUUGAAAUUAGUGGCAAAUAAUGUAGUAAUAUUGCUGAAGCGCUUGGAGCGACACAUUCCCGUAUUGGCCAUUGCUUCGGCCAUUAAUGAACGGCUGACGGACAUGCUGAUGGGUUCCAGAUUGCCGGAUUUUGGCUGGAAAUUUAGCAAUUUUCAACGAGUCCUCAUGCAUUCAGAAGCGGUGAGACGGCAGACAUUUGAAAAGUGGCCACAUAUGGAUUAUAAAUGGGCCCUACCCGAUCAAAUGGCUCAGGCAGGCUUUUACCAUCAGCCAUCUUCGUCUGGGGAGGAUCGCGCCAUGUGCUUUACAUGCAAUGUAUGCCUAGUAUGCUGGGAAAAAACCGACGAACCUUGGAGUGAACAUGAACGCCAUUCGCCGCUCUGCCCAUUUGUGAAGGGAGAGUAUACUCAGAAUGUGCCACUGUCAAUCAGUUACGCCACCAAUCCCGCUUUGACCGCCCCAGGCGUUGGCUUCGAUGUUAUUUCGAACAGUGAUUACGCGAAUGUUUUGUGCACGAGCUGCACUCAAUCCGGAGAGCUGAGCGUGUGGAGCAUUGAACGUCACCUAAAGCUAAUGCACACGUUUCAUGUGCCCACCCUGCUCAAAGAGGUCUUUGAGGAGAACUUUGAAUGGGCGCGUGUUACGGCCAUCUGCGUACUACCAAAUGCUCGAGGUCGUGCUAAAGUUAACUAUGUAUAUUCGGCUAAUUACAGUGGCAGUGGAAACAGCAGUAGUGCUGCGCAUACUGCUGGCACUCCGAGCUUUGGUAAAUUCGAUGUUGGCGUCAAUGCCCAACACAUAACAUCAACAUCUACGCUGCGAGCCGGUGUUGUUGGCUCCAAGAUUGUACUUGGUGUCAGUGUGUUGCACAGCAGUGGAGAGAUGGCACUGCGUAUGGUGGUGUUAAAUAUUGUGGAGUUGGAUAGGCACAGCGAGAACUCGGCCAUCAUUAGCAAUGACAGCGGCAGCAUAUCAAGUAUUGCAAGUCACCUGAAAAAAACUUCAUCUCAAAUGGGGACCACCUCCAGUGACUCGAAUGUUGUGGCCAGUCAAGUGAGUCUUGAAUCUUCGAAGGACGAUGAUAUCAAAUCGUUGACGCCGUAUGAGAAAUUCACUGAUGGUUUUGAUAGCAAUGGCUUUGUGUCUGCAUUAAUGACAUACAACAAGAACAUUGGAGUUAAUCAGACAGGCAACAACUCAUCGAUGCUAUAUGAUUUUGACUUGUCCACAUUGUCGCAAAUACUGGAGAGCAAUCUGGACGAUACGUCUUCUGGUUUAAUGGUAUCUUCCAAUACUGUCAAUGUUAGCAACAGUUUACUGGGCAUGGGCAAUGAAAUGGAUAAGCUUAUAGAUCAGUCGGAGAUAUCGCAUCAAAAUAACAAUAACAACAAUGAUAACAACUCGUUAGGCGUGAGCUCCACAAGCAAUAACAACAAUAGCAUAAUAAUGAAUGGCAGUCACAACACUGCAAGUGAAAAGUUGACUGCAAAUGAGGAAAUAGAUUGCGUGGUGGAAAGCUGGACAAGUGUCAAACGCAUGAAUGCAUUGGAUGGCGCUCACAGUGUCGAUGGCAAAUCUUUAGAGGUGGAGGAAAUUGUCGAGAUAGCUGAAAUUUUGCCCACCAGUCCAAACUGUAAUCAGCUGCUAGUUAAGUUGCUGCGCACUAAAGCUCCAGAAACUGAAGCUUCCAAAAUCAUUAUGGCCACGGUAUCCAAAGAGGAGGAAGAGAAGCAUGUGUCAAUGGACAUAGAUGAUAACAACGCUGAAUGCAAUGUGGCCGCACAAAUGCUCCUUUUUGACUAUGAUGACUUACAAAUCUCGAAUGACUACACUCUAGCCAUGACUUUCAGUCGUGCGAAAUGUCCGAAGCAACUAUGUAUCCUACCACCCAGCAUGUCAUCGGCAUCUUCGGAUGCAAAAGCAGCUGGAUCCAUUUGCGUAGUUUGUGCAGAUGGUUGCAUCGAAAUUUAUUCGCUUGAUGACUUCCAAGUGACUUCUGUCAUCGAAGAAGAGGGCGAACAUUUUGAAGCCGUGGUCUAUUGUCGUAACCUCGACAGACUGUGUUGCUGUUCACGUCAGGGUGGCAUGCUAUUUUAUUCGCUGAAUGACGGUGAAAAUGAUUCUGGCGAUGAGCUGUUGGAAAUGGAUGAGGACUGUAGUACAACAUUAACCCAUGCAGCGGAUCUGAGCGUUACGGAUGGUGCUCGCAAUAUGGCUGAUGCCGAUACAAUUAUGGUCGAUGGAAAUAUCUCAGUUGAUGUUUGCAAUGAGGCAGCAGCUACGACAUCAAGCCAAAGCGUUCAUGUUCAGACUUCACCAUCGACUGUCUCCUUGCUAGCCAACAACGCGAAUUUAUUGGCAUAUAAAACUACAGACUACACGCUUGAAGAUCUGCGCUUAUUCUAUGCGUUGACUCAGUUUGAUGAUAAACUGACGGUAUACUCUGCUGAAGUACCCAGUUGUUGGAAUGAUUUGGGUCAAGUUCAGAAACAGCGCAAACAGUCGCAAAAUAUGCGUCAUGGAGGCGACGAACGGGACUUUACCCGCACCUGGCGACUUCAUAACGAUGCAACCACUUGGGACGAGCAUAUAAUUGAGCUUAACUUAGCACAGCCAGUUUCGUUGGGCCACAUUGAUUUGAAGUUUACUGUGUACCAGCAAUGCUCGAACCCAGCUGCCAUACAGGUCACCCUACUGAAGCAGAACACAAAUGGUUUUGGUUACCGUAUGAAAGGAACUCAUGCCAGUUACAAGCCGAACGUGAUUGACGACAAUAUUGAUCUCUCUUACAUUGUCAAUGACAACCCCGUGCUUAGUGAGGAGUAUUUGUUGGCUCACAAUGCUGAAGUACUGGCUGGUCCCAUAGAGCUUUCAUCGUGCAUUGAUCUUUGCGAUCAAGGCGGUACUGCGACUCUGACUUCUCCAAAACUAUUCAAGACACGAACUCGAAACUUCCUUUUACAUAUUAAAACCGUGGCAGAUCCAUCCAAGGAAGGACAAAACAAAACGAGGGGCUGUGAUUGGCUACACGAGAUCUCAAUAAGUGUGCGAGCUGUUAAGUCCCAUAGUCGAAUUAAUAAUGCGCGCAUGCAGCGUAUUGCUAUGCUGGAUAGCAAUGGACUUUUAGAACAACUUUUCCGCGUUGCAUGCGAUGUGGAAUCCAUACCGCUGACCAAAAACUUAGCUCUCGAUGUACUUAACUGGAUUUGUUUUAUACGUUUAAAUCGUUUUCGAUCUCCAAAGUCAGAGCGCAUUAAGGAUCAGAUAAAUAAGCAAACAGCAGCUAAUAUGAACGACCUACUAGCACAGCAAUUUGAGUGUGUUUGUUUGGCAGAAAAGCACAUCGAACAACUCAUUCGAAACUGCAUUAUCUAUAGUGACCGCACCACUGCGCAUAAGUGCGUAAAAUUAUUGAUAAUGCUAACAGAAGGUGUGGGUAAUCUUCCUACUGAGUUGCAAAAGCAAGCUACAUUGGAUAGCAGCAUUAAAACGGCAAUUUCAAAUACCUUCUGUGAGUUGCCGCAGGCGCGAUGUGGAAGUGUAGUGCGUUGGUAUACGAUGCUUGCCUGUGCCACAUCUACUACGGAGUCACACAAUAGCAUCUCCGAAUAUGCAAUCAAUUUGCUUAAAGACAUAUCUGGGGAAAUAGAUAAACGCUGGGAUCCACAUUGUGCACUUUUAAGCACACGGUUUGGACUCUAUGGCUUUCCAUUUGAGCCUGAAAUAUUUGAUUUUGAUUUUCCCAAUAUCAAUCGCAAUGGCUCAAGCUCAUCCUCUAUGGGACUUACAAAUGUGAUACGCAGCAGUGCCACUAUUCUGCCAGUAACCGGACUGGAUAUAAAGCGACUUAGCUCGAUAGAUGGUGUUGACUUUCGGACAUUCCCACACUUGAUUCGCGGUAAGAGUAUAAGCAACCAGUUGCGAGGUCUAUUAGAGGUUGUACAGUUGCACUUUACCUGCGUCCAAACAUCAGAAGCCACACGCAUUGAUAAUAUUGACAGCACAGUCAAUGGAGCAGCUAAUGUCUUCAUUGAGGAUGUGAUGAUGAUGCCAAAACUAGUAACCAAAGGAAAGGACGAUGAAUUGUUGAGUGAUAUGAGCGUGGAGUGCCUGGUGGAAGAAAUCAAGGACAUGAAUGUUAAAACCGCUUUUGGAUCUUUUGGGAUGGUAAAUGGAUUUAAGGAUAAGGCUUCUGUCGCAUCACUUACUGAUCUUGAACAUGCAUUAAAAGAGGAGGUAAAAAUCGAGAAGAGCGCGCUCAUAGAUAAGCUGAAGAUAUCGAAGUUUUUACCUCAGCUCACACUUUGGAACAGCUACAUUCAAAAAAAACUUGGCAUAAACGAGGAAAACGCAUACAACUGGGAAAUGGAAAACUGGGAAAAGGCUUUACUCAAGUCUUCUCUUGAUGUGUUACCUGAAGAAGCCUCCCCAUCGCAGUCGUCUGAUCAAUCUCAAGCAACAUCGCAAACGGGCGGCAAUGAUAGCUCACAGAACAUUGUAGAUGAUGAGGCUGAGCGAGAGAAGAUUACCGAAAAUUUAAAUGCCAAUCCUAGUUCACCAAUUGCUUGGCAUAAACUUCUUACACCUCCUCCGAAGCUGAUGAUUGUUGUCGAUCGCAUGCAUUCUGGUGCCCGCCGCUUUGUGGUACUUGAUUUUGGCCAGCACAUUCUGCUAACGGAUUUGGUAGUACCUGCAUGCGAUGAGCUAACAUCGCUCAACAUUGAUAUAUGGUGCUUUGAUGAGGAGAUCGAUUGUACUCGCCUAGUGCAAGUCUCUGACAUACAAACAAAGACACUAGUGUUGAGCGAUAUGCAGCCUCCACCUAUUUGCCGCUAUCUAAAGCUCACAAUUGUUGGUCGCAAUGGCAUGUCAUCGACUAAAUGUAAGGUACCACUUGGAAGUUUCUUUGGACACCCUGUUGUUCUGGAGCAUGAUGGUUAUGGCGAUAACCUCGUUCGUUUCAUCAAACCGCCAGCACAGUCGCUCCAGACUCACCUGAAAUCGCUGAAUGCACUGUACGAGGAUGUUCAUUGCCGCUAUAGUUUAGCCAGUAGCAAAUUAAUGGAACUUUUGUCGCCGAUGCGCAAUAGCGAACUAUCGAAUGUUGCCCAUCUUCAGGCUUUUAUUAACAAGCAGCGAGAUGAGGAAGUUAGUUGUGGAAUGGACAAUAACAACAAAGUGGUUUCUUUAUAUGAUGAAUGCAUGUUGCUGCAAUACCAAAUCAACGUUAUUCGAAAUGUGGUACAUCGAUUAGAGCGCGCAUUAUCACCGAAAGCGCAUAGGAUUCCCGCACCCCCGAAUCCUUUGAUCACGGACAAGUUGUUGAAAAGUGCCUCGCGAGAUAAAUUACGCGUGCUGAGUCUCAGUUUAGUCGAAGUGCUGUUGCAUUUCUCUAUUGAAUAUGGCAUUAAAAACAUACUGCCAGUUCAUCAGCGAUUUAAUAUGGUUACUGCCAAGACUCUCUUCAAUUCCUUGGUUGUUUAUGGUGAUGCUCAGUUACAGUUAGCUACAUGCUCACUGUUAGUUCGCAUGUGCUGCUUUCAGCCAUGGUGGGGUGACUUUUUGGCGGAUAUGUUCUGCAGUUUAUUCUCGGCACAAAAUUGUAAAGCAUUUCCCCAGGAUCGAAUUUUCUUUUUGUUCACUUAUUUGGGUCGACGUAGUAUUGCAAUGGGUGCUUGUCGUUCGAUCGUAAUAGAUGCCGUGCUUAAGACCCUUGUAAAGCUGCUAGCACCUAUUUCUCCACAUUACAAAUUUCAAUCAGAGCAACCUAGUACGUCGUCUAGCGCUGCUGAACGUAGUGCAGCAAUGGGGAGCACUUCUGAUCUUCAGCUAAUCACGUGGUUACUUCUCUUCCUAUCUGUUUGUCUGGACGAUAACAAUGCUCGAAAGGAUAAAUCGGCAGCUCGUUGGGAUUUUAUGAGUUGUGAAAGCGACUUUACUAAGGCAAGGCCGAACAAUACACCUAAUAGUAAGCAAUUACGUUGCUUUAAAAAGCGAAUAAUACAACAGAAUAAAUACUCAGUUCAGCCGUACACUGAUUGGGGCAAAAAAAUCUACAUGAUCCAAAACGAGCAUCCUGGUAUAUUCAUGGAGUUGUCUACUAAAUCGAAGGCUAGCGGUACAUCCAAAGUAGCAUCAACCGGAGGAAAAAUGAAUAUGGUAACAAGUGGCAUCUGUGCUUCCAGCAUCGGUUCAGGUGUAAGCUCCGUAAAAGGCACUAAUGCCACCACCUCAUCACCAAAGCAUUUGGAUGGCUUGGGAACCAGUGUGGACGGAGAUAGUAACUUUGAUAAAGGUGUGAAAGCACUGAGCAUGUCAAACAUCAAAGUUGUCAUCCGAGGAUUGUUCGCUUUGCUUUUGGAAAUGGAUUUUGAUUGCAACAUGGAUCAGUUUUUACUUACUUGUAAAGUGAUAGCGCGAUUGGUAGCUGCAUGCCGACCCUCGGUUCGGUUGUGCAAAAUUGUGACAACUGCUCAAUUGGAGCAACUUAUACGUUUGGCCGUGUGGAACGAUCAGCAACAGCCCUGGGCGGUGCAUGCAAUUACAUGUCUGUUACAGGACCUUUUGGACGCGGACAAGCAAUAUAGGGAUAAUGAUGUUACUCCUACCAACGAUGAAAUUCGUCCCAUUAUCACUACAUCAGCGCAGGAGUCUCGCGAUCUAUUCAGUGAUUAUUCUACUGGCAAAUAUAACUACCUGCCAUCUCUCAUUGAGUGCGAGGAUACGGAGUUUGACGAAAUGCUGAACGACAUAGAUAUGAUUGAGCGCACCAAGCCUAUUACUAAAAAAAGAGAGAUGCACUUUGCAAAAAACACAUUCAACUUCUUUUGUAAGUCCAUAUCCAUUGCGAUGGAUUCGCGUUUAGAUGCUGGCUUGGAAUUACAUGUGGAAGCGCAAUUGCGUCGCUUGACCAAUCGAACAUCGUUGGAUUUGUACUCAUCGUUGCCGCAAGUACUAACCAAUGAAUUCGUGUCCGCACCGCCAGAGGCAGUAGCCUGGCCAGAGUAUCUCACUCAGUUGUGGUCUGGCCCGGAUUAUAGUGGUGUCAAUACUUACAUUAUGCUAAAGAAUGUUUUUGAUUCUAUACUGGCCGAUCUACACUAUGAGGAUACAUGGGUUCAUUUAGAGCAAGUAUUGCAAAUGUGGCUAACGCUUAAUUGUGAGUUGGCCGAUAAGCCAUAUUCGGCGGGAAUCAAUCAGACGGAUAGCCCGAAAAUUCCAUUUGGAGCUAAUGCUGUUCAAGGUCUUUUGCUAGCUCUGGCUUGGCACAAUGAUAUAAAGCUACGUACAUGGUGCCUUGGCUUUCAGAGUCUAUUCCUCGCUUGUAAUUCAUUGCCUAUUGGAGAUGAUGUUACCGAUUGCAGUCGUAUCAAUGAGGUUAUUGUAAAUGAUGAAAAUUUUGAGAAGAUGCUACUUCGUUUCUUCUCGGGUUACGGCAUGAGUUCAUCCAUAAUAACGAAUCGUUGUGCUGGCCCUACAAUCUGCAGGCAUUUGCAUGAGCUCAUGCUGUGGCUUCAUAGCAAAAGCGAGAAUAGCGGUAGUCUUAUUCCAUGCAAGCGUCGACUAAAGGAUAUACUUCUACAUGUUGUGCUCCAGUUAGUUCAGCCAGACGGUGCCAUUAGCAACCAGCAAGGGCCAAUUGAUGCACAGAAUCAGUUGGUACGGGAUUUGCUUUUAAUGCCUAACGACAAGGGUGAUCUGAAUGUAGCCCUCAAAAUUAUCGAGAGUGUUUCUUUUAUAGUCUAUAACAAUAUUUCCAAUGGCGAGAAGUUACAAUGCCAGCGCGGUAAUGAGAACAGCAAUGCUGGAAAUAACUUUAGCAAUUUAUUUGCCAACGUAUUAGGUUCAGAGAACCCUACUAAGCAAAAUGCUACCAUAUGCGACAAUUCGUUAAUUAUAAAUUUGCUCAAAUUGUCCUCCCACAUGGUUUUAACGGAGAUGCCCCGACAGCCUAGCGAGGUAACCAUACCUGAAGAAGAGGAACUGUCUAAUCAAAGCCAAACGGAUGAAACGAAGGCUGAACAAUUAAAUACAGAUGGGCACCGUAGCAAGGUCCCUUGCAUUGCUGAUUGGGUGCUGCGUCAUUUUCCUACAAUGAAACGACUGUUUGGAGCACUUUCUCAGUGUUCAACUAAUACUUUUACAAUGAUGUCUUCGAGCUGUUUCUUUUCCCUUAAAACAAACAUGGUGCUGGACGAACCACAGACUAUUGCGGACGCCGUCUUUAGUUUGAUGAUCACUUUAAGUGAGAGAGCUUCUAAUCCGCGACUGGUGGUUGCGCCUAUUUGCCAAUAUCUGGAAGAGAGUACUGUACAACGCAAUGCUACACUGCCACGCCUUCAGUUAUCAGAACCCUUUUUAUGGUACAUUUCGAAGGUGCUGGAAGUGACAGCGGCAGUUCAAAUAUUUACUCAAUUGGGAGGCAUUCAAAUAAUCUGUCAUAAUUUGGUUCGACUAAACAAAACGAUUAUUAACAUGCAGCCGGGAUUGAUCUCCAUGAUUAUGCAACAUAUGACACGAAAUACGCGUCUCAAGCUUUAUAAUUAUGUGAACAAUGGUAACGCCUGUAAAAAGACAACCACAAGCACGGGAGCUGCUAGUACAACAACAGCAGCACAAACAUCAAGAAAUAGUAGCGCCCAGUAUGAUGGAAUGAUAAAUUUUGCUCCAUUCUCGCAUAUUGUAUCUGAAAAUGAUGCGGCACAAAGUGCUGAGAUGCUGAUUUCUAAUCCCAAUGCCACUCAUAGACGACCACGAUCACCAGCGUGGAGUUAUAUGUUCUAUCCCAAUGAGACACAUGUGGAUUUGACCAUCACGCUGCCAACAGCAAUUUUGUUGAAGGAGGUGCAACUGGUACCACACACCUCGAGCCUAGCUUCUUGUCCUUCGGCCGUAGCAUUGGAAUUGUCUCGAGAUUAUGGUGUUGGCUCUAUACCCGUGGGUGCACCAAUGACAACAACUGGUCUCACUUGCAUACGUCUUAAGCUAGCUAAAGCCGAAGUGGCAACGAGUAUCGUUUUGAGGCUGUACAAACCGAAGGACUGCGGCAAUGUUGGUCUUGUACAGAUUGCAGUGUUGGGUCAAACAAUUUUUGGGAAUCGUAUGCAAGGUAUUCGUGGACAAGGUACUUUUGGGGAAUCAUUUGCCGCCUGCUCCACACCUCUGCCGGCGGCUGCGUUAUCUGCCAUGGAUGUUGAUGCGAUGCCCGAGGAUGAUGCAUUUGCCAAAACAAGCAUUGGCUGGGUGCGAAUACUAUCUCGUUGUUUUCAUGUAGCUGCUUUGCAACCAGAUAGUAAGCUAACCGAUUUAAUAGCAUCAUACCCGGCUGCCUAUCCAGGCUUUCUAGAGGCGUGCUGCUCUUUGCUUAACAUUAUGCCUAUGAUACCUAGCCUUGCGCAACAGCAUCUUGAGACUGUUCUGAUCAAAAUGGGUACCUACAAUCACGAACUUAGUUUACAAUUACUGAGAACUUUGCUGUGGCACACCACUCCACAGGUAUUUAAACUUUCCAGUGAUGCUGUGUGCGAUCUUAUUUAUCAAGUAGUUACCGGAUCUGCAGAACAUAUGCUCGACAAACUUCGUGUUCUGCUGGAUUGGAUAAUGCAGUUGCAUGACAUCUAUAGCAAACAGGCUCGCUGCAAUAAUCCACAAAGUGGGUUUGUUAAUGUGAUUGCCUCCAUAUUAUGGCAGGUUCAGCAACAUCAAAAUGUUCCGGACUUACCCAAUCUUAUUACGCCGAAAUUGUUUGAGACUUGCUAUCAAUGGAUUGCCGAAUUGGAGCACGAUGAGCCAUUGAAGAGUAGUUUUGAUUCAUUACUGUGUGCUCUAUGCAACAUAAAAACGGAGCUCUUUAACCAGUUGCUGAUUAAACUCGGUAUAAAAAUGGAGCAACAGACGCGUAGUAAAACGGAUGACAGUAAAGUACAAAGCGGUAAUGCUUGGUUCCGUCGUGAGGGCGGUGAAAAUCUAACACUUCUUCUUCAACGUCCGGCAUUCCUUAAGACGCUCGCUUUGGCUUGUCAGUCGCCAAUAGCAGUUUACCAAAUGUUGGACUCUGGUCUGCCUAAACUUCUAGCUCAUGCUGUUUUUGAGUACUGCACUUAUAUGCUACCAACUACUGAAGGAGUCUCUGCGGAAGCUGCAGCCUCAUCUAGUACGCAAGAAGCUGCUGGUGGAGAUUCUCUGCUUACCGAUUUUGAUAAGGUGGAGGCAAGUGCUGGUAGUUAUACCAAACCACUACUGAGCUGUGCAAAUGUGCCCAAAGUCUUAGACUUUUUCUCAGAAUGUUGCGCCGAAGGUCCAAUGCGAGACUGGCUGGGCACUAUGCAAGGCUCCAUGUUUUGGAAACCUCUUUUGCAGCUACUGUGCAACACGCACACAGCACAAUUCAGCAAGACCUUACCCAUGCAACAAACAUUCAUUCGUCUUGAAAGGGCCACAAUCAACUUUUUUACUCGUGUGAGCGCAUGCCAUCCAUCAAAUCAGGAAGUGCUCACCUCGCUGCUUAUUGGUGCCAUCAUUUGCAAGCCUUUGCGAUCUACAUCGGGCAAUCGUCCCACAAUUUCUGGUUUUACCCGGCAGCUUGUGCUGCAACUAUUGCUGGAGAACGAACACAUAAUGGUCUGUGUACGUAGUCUGCAGCCAUUGCAACGACGAGAUACAUUGUCUGCUAUAAUGGGAGGAACUAAUGUAGCAGGUGCUAGUAAUAGUUUACCAGUCGCAUCUGCCAAUCACCAUCCGGCCAAACGCAGUUGCGCUAACCAAAUGCUGUUCAAUGUAACUACAAAUACAACAUGUCAAGAGAUAUUGCAGAACUGCGUUAGUGUGUAUAGUAACUUAGUGUAUCAACAACCAACAGAUCAACGCACUGGCGAUGUUGCAGCCACUCUUUCAGGUGUAGAAAAGCCAAGUGAAUGCAAAACUGAUAAAUCGUGUAUUAUAAACUUUAAUAAUAUGGAGCACGGGGGUAGCAUGGAGUUUUUGACCGUUGGUGCGGCAGUAGCGGCUAAAGACAAAAGAAUUAAGGAUGCCAAAAACCAAGCCGCUGUAAAUAAGGAUAAGGAGACACAAACAACAGCCAUGCAAUUAUUGCCAAAUAAUACGUUUAACAUUGAAGAGUUUCUGCUGCAAGCAGCACAUGCGGGCAAUGGCAGUCAGUUGGUUAUACCAGAAUAUCCUGAUAUACUGCUGGCUGGUGAUGCCACCAUAUCACAAGUGUUAGCUACGCUUAGGGAUGCAGGACAUUCACUAUCUGCACCAUGCCUGACGCUGAAUCUAGUUCCUCAAUGCACGCUGGGGGAUGAAGUUGCGGAGUCAAAGAAAACAAAAGCCGCUUGUACAGAGCCGUUGUCAUCACCACUUCAGCGUUUUUCAAGUAGCGGUGGUCUAUCGCUGUUAGCUCACUAUUUGCCCACGGUGUAUCCUGAGCAUAUGGGCCGAAAGACUACUGCUGUAGCUGCCGAGAAGGAGAAGAGUCCACCUCUAUCUGAUUGGGUUAAGCUUGAGCCAAAUGAUGAGAUAUAUGAAGAUCUGGAGGAUACCAUUUGUGAGCCGACGGCGAAGCAGAUUACUGUUAGUUCUGUGCCACAACACUCGUUAGCCGCUUUCGGUCUCUUCUUACGCCUUCCCACCUAUUCAGAUGUGUUACUUAGAGAUAAGCAACGUGCCCAGUGUCUUUUAAGACUUGUUCUAGGUGUUACCGGCGAUGGAGAUGGCAACGAUAUAUACAGCCUUUCGCUGGCGCCGUCCUUACCCACAUUGCCGUUUGAGGUAUUCCGUCAAUUACUGGAUAGUAUGCCUUUAUCGACCGAUGAUGGUAUGCUGCUUCGCCGAGUUGUCAUUGAAGUUGGAGCAAUGCAUCUUGUACUAAACUGUCUUGGAAUAUUUUCACAUCAGUCGCAUAACAGUCAAAUAGGGACAUUGUUUAAUGAACCGUCUUCCAGUGGCAACGGCAACGGUAACGGCACCGGCAACGUUAACGGCAAUAGCAAUACAAAUGCUAGUGAAAAUGGCCACAAUACCUCAACAGCCGUAAAAACCAAUUCAACAGAAGAACCUCUGCCAACUACCAUAAUUUCAGAUGACAAAAGUCACAUAUACUGGGCGAAAGGCACUGGGUUUGGCACUGGCUCGACAACUCAGUCAUGGAACGUAGAACAGGCUUUACUGCGUCAGAAGAGUGAAGAAGAGCAUGUGACAGUACUGCUGUUGGUAUUAUCCAGUUAUAUCAAUCCGGGAGACUGCAUACCCAUCGAAAUGCGCGGAGAGGAUAUUUUAGCCUAUCACGAUGUUCGUGAUGUGGCUGGUGAUCUUCCGCCUAUUUUCCAGACGCUGUUGCAGCAGUCGUGCCUAAUACCAGCACUCAGUUCUUAUUUGCGUAACGACUCAGUUUUAGACAUUACACGACACAUUCCUCUCUAUCGUGCCAUUCUGAAGAUACUGCGUGCAUUGUCGCUCUCCAAAAGCUUGGUUUCACUCCUGCAGCCGGCGCCAAAUGCCAACGGAGAGUGUACACCACCUAUUGCGGAGCUGCUAAAGAAUAUGAAGACUUGCGUUGAUACAUAUGCUAAGCGGCUCAAAGUCAACAAGAAGUCAAACAUCAAAGGUCAAACUCAUCAAUUGACAUUUAAUAUAGAUGAUGGCGAUGAUGAAGGAUUAGCUCUACUUAUUCCGGAUAUACAUGAGACAUGUGUUCUUGUGAAGAAGACCACGGCAGCAGACGCUUUGAUAAAUAUGUUGCAUACACAAGAAGAUGGUAUAGGUGCAUUGGAGCGUCCAAUAACAAAAUCAGUUGAGCAACGUUACCUUGAGCUAAUGAAAAAGCGUCAGUUUGACACGUACGACAUGAUCGUUGAAUCGGAUAAUAACAGCUUUCGUUUUGUGGUCGCGCAUCAUUUUGAAAAAAUGGUGCGACUAGCAGGCGAUCGUUAUCACCCAUCUCGUGUCAAACGGCUGGCUCAGGAAGCAGUCACUCUUUCCACAAGUUUACCUCUAAGCUACAGUAGCUCUGUAUUUGUGCGUUGUGAUACUGAUAGAUUGGACAUAAUGAAGGUGCUCAUCACUGGACCUGCAGAUACACCAUAUGCCAAUGGCUGUUUCGAGUUUGAUGUUUUCUUUCCACCUGACUAUCCCAACUUGCCGAUGCUUAUCAAUUUAGAGACCACAGGUCGGCACUCGGUUCGUUUUAAUCCCAACCUUUAUAAUGAUGGAAAGGUAUGCCUGUCAGUACUAAACACUUGGCAUGGUAGACCUGAGGAGAAGUGGAAUGCGCAGACGUCCAGUUUUCUGCAGGUUCUUGUCUCCAUACAAUCCUUAAUAUUGGUGCCUGAACCGUACUUUAACGAGCCUGGUUUUGAGCGCAGUCGUGGAACGCCCAGCGGUACUAAUUCAUCUCGGGAAUACAACAGCAACAUCUACCAAGCGUGCGUGCGUUGGGCAAUGCUCGAGCAGAUUCGCAAUCCGAGCCCUUGCUUUACAGAUGUCAUACAUAAGCAUUUCUGGCUAAAGCGCGAAGAGAUUUGCACACAAAUUGAGGGGUGGAUUGAAGAGCUGAGUAAACCUCAGUACACAGAGCGUGCUAGUCGCACUAUUUCGUUUAAUUCGAUGGUCUUGCGUCGUCAUUAUCGAUAUCUCCGAGAGGAAUUGGCUAAGCUAAAACCUCCUCGCGGUCUGGAAGACUUAGAUGCCCCAUUUAACCCGGUAGCAACUUUGCCGCCAAUGGAUGUGUCCACCACAGCGACAUCUACCACAACGGCAACUUCACAGGUGGGCUCCGAUGACUCACUGGUGCCGGAGCUGAACCUGAUGGUUGAAAACGGUGACAGCGAUUUGCCUCUCUCUGCAGAUUUUUAUAAGGAAAUAGAGAAGUCUGAAGCAUUACUGACUGGAGAAGAUGAUGUUGUGGAAAUUCUGAGUGAUACGGAGAAUGAGAGCAGUGUGUGGCAAGAUAAGGAGGAGGAUACACCAUAAUUUACUCUUUGAUGCCGCUCUCACGCACUAGACAGUUUUAUUUUUCGUUAUAAGUUUUGUUUUAUGCUCUAUUGUUUUGUUUAAUUUUUGUAAAAGAGACUGCAACUGCAACAGAACUAGGUGUGCUUUACAUAAAGGAAGCGUAAUAUUUAAUGAUAAAAUAAUUGAUUAAAAAUUACCCUUUUGAAAAACGAGUUAAAUAAUAUAUAUGAAAUACAUAUUAAAGAAAAUCACAAAUAUAUAUAUGUGCACUCCCGUAAAAAUGCGUGUUUAAAAGCCAACUUCUUACAAAAUUGUAUGCAUCGCAUUUUUGCUUCAUCGAGCCUUUAUACCUACCGUAUAUUGAAUCCAUAUGUGUAUAGCAUAAUAUUUCAGAAUUUCAACAACACCACCAAUACUAAAUUAAUCUGUAUUAAACUAUGUAUGUACGUAUGUAGAGAUUUGGUUAAAUAUUUACAAAUUUACUUUUACAAUCAUACGCAACGCAAAAUAAAUUUUGUUCUCCGAAAUU